AUGGAAGGGGGAGUAGAUGUUUGCGACGUCGUUUCCUAUUUGUGGGACCAACUAGAGAUCCUGAAGGCGAAGCUGGGGCCGACCGUCUUCUUGCUGGGCUUCUUCUUCUGCCCGCCAUUCCUGGGCUUCACCCUAUGCGCGCUCUUCGCUUACCUCCUGGGUUUGGGGGCGUUGUACCUGGCCAUUGCUCUGCCGGUGCUGCCCGCCCUGCUCUUCCUCGCCUGGUGCCUGUUUCCGGAGGUCAUUCCCGGAGAUACUAUCGCGGAGAUUGUCUCGGGGGCGAUACCACGUGGCUACUUAAACGGCGGAGUGCAGCGAAGACGGGCGGCCCUGCGCAAGGAGCUGCUCAAACUGUGCGACGAAAGCUUCCUCGGGAGGCGCGCGGCGCAGCUGGCACGCGGGUACCGGGUGACGGACGUGCGCCUUAAUGCGCACCUGCGGGUUACCAGCUACAUGCUCAACCGGUUCCUGGACACGCUGCUGCAACACGAGGACACCAUCCCGGGUUUGUGUGGUUACCUCCGAUUGUCCCCCAUCCUGGGCCCGUUCGUGGUGGCAUUCCAUGGCACUCCCCCGCGCAAUAUUCCGAGCAUUCUGGCGCACGGUCUGCUGCCCACCAGCCGCGAAUCCGACCCGCUGCGCGACUACUUCAGCACCGAUCUGGCAGUCACGCGCCAGUACGUCGACAGGACCCAAUGGUACCGCAACUGCCCCGCUCGAUUCCAGGCGGUGGUCUUUUUGCUGCUCAAGAAGGAGGCGGACAUGCGCGACUAUCCGUUCAUCACAGUGCGCCAAGCGGCGUACCAGCUGCCGCUAGGAGUGGUGACAGUGGAGGCGGGCUGUGGGCCCUGAAGUAGCUAAAGCCCUGGAAAGAAUUCAGCAAACGUAGAAGAUUGGGCUCGUGAUGGAUGCGAAGACCUUGUUCCGAUAACGUGAACGGACAAUUCGUUUGGCGCUGGCGAAGAGCGGGAGGUGUAGUCGGCAGUGGAUUACCGCAGCAUAUGCAUCUGCGCAUUUUAUGAAAGCUGUCGCAUCCGAUCAUUCCGUUCUGCUACAGGGCAAUGAGCAAAUGACGGUCCGAGAUCGAUGUUGAUGAAAAGAGCUGUCUCCUGAACCCGCAGAUUGUCAAUGUUGUGCUGCUCUUCAGGUGAAGGUAUUCUAAUGUUGGGUACUCAAAAAAUCUCGAACACACGCAUCAAUCUGAUACGAAGAGCGGACUCGAGCACGCACAUGAAAGCUGGACUGAUGCCGGCCGGCCGGCCAGGCACGUGGACUUCUGCGCGCCUAUGAUUACAAUUGUGCAAAAGCC